AUGACCGAUCUUCGUCGCGAUAACACGGUGACAUUCCACUUUCUUGAGGGAGACGUGGAUUCAAUUCCAGGCCCGGGGAUCUCGGGCUUCUACGACGGUCCUUACUACAGUUAUUAUAAGUUUCCCCGGUCUAUUUCGGACAAUGGUGCCGAGGGAGAGUCUUUACUGAGUGCGUACGACCGCCUUUACGACGUUGUAGACGAGGAAGGUCCUUUCGAUGGGGUCCUGGGCUUCUCCCAUGGGGGCACAUUGGCAGCUGGAUUCUUGAUCCACCAUGCAAAAUUGUACCCGCAAGAACUACCUUUGUUUCGCUGUGCUAUCUUCAUCAACUCCCUCCCACCAUUCCGGAUGGAUCCAGGUGGAACUCCAGUGAUUGAUCCAGAUCUGAAUGGGUACAUCAACAUCCCAACCCACGAGAUAGAUCCUGGAACGAUGAGAGGAAAGUCUAAUGCGAGUCAUCCGAUGCCCAAUAGAGUGAUUCGGUGA